AUGUCUUCCGGUGUUCAACCUACCCAAGAAUGUCUUGAAAAAUUCCAAGAACUCAAAACGGGUAAAAAACUAUCUUACGUAGUAUACGGAUUAUCAGAAGAUAAAAAAUCAAUCGUGGUUCUCAAAUCAUCAGAAGAAAAAGACUUUGAUUCUUUCGUGGGCGAAUUACCCGAAAAAGAAUGUAGAUGGGCAGUAUACGAUUUCGAAUUCACUUUACCUGGUGGUGAAGGUAUCAGAAAUAAAUUGGUCUUCGUCGUCUGGUCCCCUGACGAUGCCAAUGUCAAGAACAAGAUGAUGUUCGCUUCUUCCAAAGAUGCUCUUCGACGACGACUCGAGGGUAUUCACAUCGAAAUCCAAGCUACUGAAUUCUCCGAAAUCACCAAAGAUGCCAUCAUGGAGAAAGCUCUCCGACGAUAA